CGGGCUGAGGUUUUCACAAGCAUCUCAAAACCUAAUCCUUUUUCCUCGGUAAGGAACGGGUAGUUGAAUCCAUUAAGUAUCUGAGGGGUGAUAGGAAGCUUCUUGUAAAUCUUGCCUAAAGAUCUAGAAGAUCUUAAAGAAUCUAAAAUGACAUCAAAAAGGAAGAAGGAUACUGCAGUAAAGGAAGUAGAAGAAUAUGUAGUCGAAAAAAUUCUCGACAAACGUAUGAGCAACAAUAAAGUGGAAUAUUUUCUGAAAUGGAAAGGCUAUCCUGAAGAAGAUAAUACGUGGGAGCCAGAGGAAAAUUUAGAUUGUCCAGAAAUGAUUAAAGAAUUUGAAGAAAAUUGGAAGAAGAAAAAAGAAUCUUCAGAAAAAAAACGAAAAUUAAAUGGCAGCGAAGGUGUUCCAGAAUCGGCAGCUAAGAAGAAAGCAGAAGAUGAUCGUCCAAGGGGCUUUGCUCGAAACCUAGAUCCUGAGAAAAUCAUUGGUGCCACUGACACAAAUGGGGAGCUAAUGUUUCUAAUUAAAUGGAAAGGGUGUGAUGAAGCUGAUCUUGUGCGUUCGAAAGAAGCUAAUGUAAAAUGUCCACAAAUAGUUAUAAAGUUUUAUGAGGAACGACUUACAUGGCACUCUGGAAAUAGUUGUGAAGACGAAAAAGGAAGUGAUAAGGAUCAGUCUGCAGGCGGCAAGAAGUAAUUCUGUGGAUAUUGUUUCAAAUUUUUAAAAACGAUUUUUUAAUAUUGCAGUUGACUUCAUCAUCAUACUAUCAUUUUUUCUGUAUUAUUAGAUGUGCAAAAUUCUGAUUAACUGUAUGAAGUUUUAUAGCAUACGUUUGUUUUGAAAACUUUUCUUGUGGCACAAUUUCAAAAUUAGCCAAAGCUAUUUUGUAUUGUAUGUAAAAGUAAAAUGUCAUCUUGUUUGUAUAUAGGCGCAUCUUAAUAAUAAAAAUGUUUGGAUAAUAAAUA